AUACACAUGUAAUUACCAGGAAUUCACACUUCCCUCUCAGAAAUAAAAAGUGUAAUUACCCCUUCUCAAUUACAUCCAAUUAGCUGUUAACCAAAUUGCUGGCAGUUCACACCUCCCCUGAGAAAUGAAGUGUAAUUACCCCCUUCCAAUUACAUCCAAAUUGCCUGUUUACCAAGCCAACCAAACAAGCCAAACAGUGUAAUUACACCCAAUUACACCAAAUUCAGUUUCCAGGGUGGCCUUCCAGACAUGCCCGAAAAGAUUUUUCAAUUCACUGGUCUGAAUCAACCUCGCGCAGCAGGAUGGAAAAGACUGUAAUGGCUAGAAAGGAAGCAAUGCGUGUAAAGUGUACGACAUCAAUGGAGUAGGUUUCCAACCAACAAGAAGCCAAUACAAGUGGAUUUGAAGCUAUUUGGAGCAGUUUACAGUCAUAGCAUAACGACAAAGUUUCGAAAAUUCUGCAAAUUUGUGAUGGUUUGGUAGCAUUCUUGUGGGAUGUGAUGAUACAUGGAGGCUUUGACAGUGGCGCAACCUCUUGGUUAUGAUCGCGCAAGAAUUUCAAUUUUAUUCCAACAAGAUAGCUGUCAGUGUAGUCGACAAUGUACUGCUUGUUCACCAAGUGGAUGCGAAGGUGGUUAUUAUAUAUGAUAUAUUUGCAGAUUCUCAAGGGCCUGUAUCUGCUCCACUUCCAUUAUUAGUUAGAGGUUUUCCUAGAUCAAAUGCUGCAGCUUCUCAAUUGAUGGGACAAAAUGUUGAAGGGCUGGAGGGAAAGGACUCAAAUCAUGGUGAAAUAGUCAUAUAUGGAGAUGAGUGGGUCUUCCUUGUUCCAGACCUUAUAUGUGAUAUUGCCAAUGGAGUUUUGUGGAAGAUCCAUUUAGAUCUGGAGGCCAUUUCUUCUAGCAGCUCAGAAGUGCAAGCAAUCCUCGAAUUUUUGCAGAGGAGGAAAUUAGAAGCAAACAAGGCUAAACUGUUGUUUUUGGCAAUGACUCAGACGAUUAUUCUCGAACGACGACCUGUGCCCAUGGUCGCAAGGGCCAUAGAUGUCUUAGUCAACUGUUUCUCUCUUUCAUUAAAAACCGAAAAGCAUCAAGCAGGAUCAAAAGUGGAGAGAAGUUCAACAACCAGUGGUUCUAGUGUGAUGGUGCUAUUGGCAAAUCCAUCAGUCAAGUAGAUACAUUUGAAAAGUCACCAAUACAAGAAAGUAGUAGUGGCAUGCACGACAAGUCUAUUGUCAAAUCCGCUUCCUUUACGUCAGAUUCUGAGGACAAUGUUAGCUUUGCAGCAAAUAGAGGCAAAUCUAAAAAUGUAAAUUUAUCUAGCAGUGAACAAAAUGGAGGCAACUUGGUGGCAACAGAUAUAUCUGUUUCUGAAGCUCAGCCUUCUGUUGUAUGACCUCAAAAUCCUGGACCAGGUAGCACUCCCCUAAGGACUGAUGACCAGCAGGAGUCUCUAAUAACUUCUGCAGCAAUAUCCCCUGAUGAUUUAUGCUGCUUUGUAUUUGCUUCUGUAGAGGAAGAAAUGGCUGGGGAUGCUUCUUACUUGGUUGCAAUCAUUGUUGAGUUCCUACGCAGGUACACAAUUUCUCUUUGAGCUAUCUCAAUAAGUCCAUAUUGCCAUCGCUAUCUUAUCACAUUUGGAAAAACAUUUCAAUGUUAUAUUCACUAAUUUAGUAGUACUUC